AUUAUAAUGCAAGAAGCCCCCUUUUUAACCACAAACCGAAUUUUCUUUCAUUUAGGUGAUCUAUAUAUAUAUCUAUAUCGUAUAGCUUAUAGCUUAUAUCUAUUUUAAAUAACUUAAAGCCGCUAAAAUUUGGGGGGGAACAGCUUUCGCCCUGGAGCGGUGCGCGAUGCUGUCUCACGCCGACCUCCUGGACGCCAGGCUAGGUAUGAAAGAUGCCGCCGAGCUUCUGGGCCAUCGGGAGGCGGUGAAGUGUAGGCUGGGCGUGGGGGGCUCCGACCCCGGGGGCCAUCCGGGGGACCUGGCACCCAACUCUGACCCAGUGGAGGGAGCCACUCUGCUGCCCGGGGAGGACAUCACCACAGUGGGCUCUACUCCGGCCUCGCUGGCGGUGAGCGCCAAAGACCCGGACAAGCAGCCCGGGCCCCAGGGCGGCCCGAACCCCAGCCAAGCCGGCCAGCAGCAGGGCCAACAGAAGCAGAAGCGCCACCGGACGCGCUUCACCCCCGCACAGCUCAACGAGUUGGAGAGGAGCUUCGCCAAGACUCACUACCCCGACAUCUUUAUGCGUGAGGAGCUGGCACUGCGUAUCGGGCUGACCGAGUCCCGAGUGCAGGUCUGGUUCCAGAACCGACGCGCCAAGUGGAAGAAGCGCAAGAAGACGACCAACGUGUUCCGCGCGCCCGGCACACUGCUGCCCACGCCAGGCCUGCCUCAGUUCCCGUCGGCUGCCGCCGCCGCUGCCGCCGCCAUGGGCGACAGCCUGUGCUCUUUCCACGCCAACGACACCCGCUGGGCGGCGGCCGCCAUGCCUGGCGUGUCACAGCUGCCUCUGCCGCCGGCGCUGGGCAGGCAGCAGGCCAUGGCGCAGUCGCUGUCCCAGUGCAGCCUGGCGGCCGGGCCGCCGCCCAACUCCAUGGGCCUGUCCAACAGCCUGGCGGGUUCCAACGGCGCGGGGCUGCAGUCGCACCUCUACCAGCCCGCCUUCCCCGGCAUGGUGCCCGCCUCCCUCCCCGGCCCCAGCAACGUCUCCGGUUCGCCCCAGCUCUGCAGCUCCCCGGACAGCAGCGACGUGUGGCGGGGCACCAGCAUCGCCUCCCUCCGCCGCAAGGCGCUAGAGCACACAGUCUCUAUGAGCUUCACUUAAUGCAGCCGCGCCCCGGCCCGCUCCGCCCCCAGCACCGCCCCCGGGGCCGCCCCGAGGCCCUUCCGGCGCGCACCCGGACCCAGGCGCCCUGCCCCGUCCCGCCCCGGCCUUCGCCCCGUCUCGUUUCGUCCUCACCUCUCUCCUCCACUCGCUCGGGCUCACCCCAAGCCCCAGCCCGCGAGGCCUCCCCUCCGCCCGAUUUCGAUCGCCCGCGGUCCCCAGUCUCCCGGCCGCCCCUCUUCUCUUCCCACCCAGCUGCGCCCCCGGCCCGGUCUCCAGCGCCUCAGCCCACCCUUCCCGCCACCCCGGCCUCCCUGCUCGCGCUGGCCGUGCUCGCGCCCUCCUCCCGGCCUUCUGACUGGCGGCGUUCCCACCCACACCUUCGACGCGACGCCUACGACCCCCCUCGCCCGCCGCCUCCCCUCCGGUCCCCUCUUUCCCGACACUUCGCGCCCCUGCUCCCGCGCCCGGCAAAAAGCAUCCUUCCCGCCAUUUUACGUACCAGGGAGUCGACUCAGGAUCUGAAAUCAGACACCAAUGGACUGGUUUGUGGGCAGAAACACACACACUCGCACUCUCGCUCACGCUCAGACGCUACACACGCGCGCGCACAGACACGGUGCACCUAGGUCACACACGGACGUGUUCAAGGGACAGCACAAUGUUAGGGAUUUUUGUCUUAAAGGAGGACAAGCAUCUGCUACCAACCGCCUCAUCUGAGGGCCCAACUGAUAUAAUUUGAUUUAUCCUUGUACUCUCCGAGCUCCUGUCUUUCUUUCCUCUCCCACCACGCUACCCUUGCCCAGUCCACCCAGUCACAUCCGUGCAGCCCUCUCUUGGCUUGCAAGAUAACGCUUUUAUUUUUAUUUUAUCUUAUUUUCAUUUUCUUAAGCACAACUGUGUGAGGGUGUAGAAGAGAAGGCUUCUCAGGAGGAACGUGACAGUGGAUUGGGUGGCUGGAGUAGACUAAAGCAGUCAUGUGACGAGGAAGAGGUGAUCUGACCCAUUUUGAUAAGUCUUUAUAAGGAAGAAUAAACGUGUAAGCAAAAUUUUCUUUUGUAAAAGCAAAAGCCACAUCUCUUUUCUGGAUCCUUCAGGACUGGGGUUUGUUUGCUUCCUUUUUCGUUUCUCUCUUCUCGCUGCUCUGUGCCCUUGGUUGUUUUGUGGUGGUCCUGUCGUCCCUCGUGCCCCUCGGCCACUUGCUGGCAGCCGACGGGGGCACUCGGACAUCUACAACCCUGCAACUUUGUACAGAGAAACACAAUCAGCUCUUUCUGCAUGUGCUGGUCAAAUCCAAACCCAGAGAACAGAAGCGCUUUCUAAGAAUGAACAAACAUGUGAAAUAGGAUGUUUUGUGUAGAUAAAGCAUUCUUGUUACAUACUGGUCAAUUUGUGAUAUGUUUUAACUUAAUGUCUGUGCUUAUUUAUGGAAUUCGGUUUUCUUAAUAAAUGUUUGAGCUAAUAUAAAGCAUAUUAUUUGACUUUUCCGGACAAGUUUAUAUCAAGUUCAAUGUAAAUGGAUAAAAUAAAAUCAUUUUCAGUAUGUGAUAUAGAGAAUGAUGGGUUUUAGUGUGACCUUGAACGGCAGGAGGGGUCUGUCUCGUUGGGGGAGGGGAGGAGCCAGUCUUGGGAAUGGUUAUAUUCGCGGCAGUUGGGACGCGUGGGCCCUUCGCCCUGCAGUGGGCUUGGGUUCGGUUUCUGGGCUGCACGGUGAGGUCUCCACGACGGGGCGGCGUGCUGGGGCGCCGCGAGCGCCCCACGCAAGCUCUGAGUCUCCCGAGGUUUCGGGCCAACUCAAGUUUCCGAGGCCCAGGUGGGACUCCGAGCGUCGCUGUCGGCGCGAAACGCAGGGCACGAGAGUUCCUCAGAUGAACGGUGUCCCUGGGGCAGCGGCACGGAGGGCGCCCCUCGCGGGAUGCGUGCGCGUGAUGGGGCGGCCGUGGGUGGGAUGGGACCACAAUUCGCACCCUCGGCCUUUGGAGCCUGGAGUUCUGCUUUCCGGCGCCGCCCCAGCAGUGUCUGGCCCCAGGUACGCGGUGGAAGCGAGGCCGCGGCUCUCGCCUCCUCCGGAGCCUAGGCCUCUUUGGGGCCUUCCCUAAGGCCACGGCGCCCCUUCGUGUCCCCAGACCCGGGAUCCGCUUCAGAUACCCGGGGCCUCCCAAGUAAAGGGCAAACGCGCUUCUCCAGAAGAGGCAUGUCCGGGACGACCAGCGCCUACCAGGGCUCCCCCAACCCCGGGGCUGCUCUGGUUUCCUCUCAGGGUCCCUGCUGGCUGCGUACUAACCUCGAUUUCAGCCACGUGCUCAGAGGACUGCCCCAAAGGAGUAGGAAAAAAAUGCCGUUUC